AGAAAUGAACGAAUUCCUAUGCCCCACAAAUAACCCAGAGAUGCAUUUUAAAUAAAAGCACACAUUCUACUCAUGUAAAAACACUAGGCAGGCCAUACAAAUAACCCUGAGAUGCAUUUUAAAGAAAAGGACACAUUCUACUCAUGUAAAAACACGCUGAUCCCCAGACUGUCCGUGGGCCGGAUUGAGAAGGCAAAUGGGCCGCAUCCAGCCCACGGGCCUGAGGUUGCCUACCCCUGAGCUAGACCGUUGGUCCAUCUAGCUUAGCAUUGUCUGCACCCGUUGGCAGCUGCUCCCCAGGGUUUCAGAUGGGGUUCAGACGCUGCUGGAAAUAUUUCGAUAGAAGGGAAAUAGAGCAGGGGAGGAACAGAGUUUUGCAGGCUCUUGGAGUCAGUCUCAAGUCCUUGCACAAUACUCCCUCUGUUUGGAUUUGAUGUCGUAAAGGGGUGUGUGUGUGUACACACAGGCAAGAUUGCGGCACACCUUUUAAUUUUUACUGUGGGUGACGGUCGCGUUAUCAGGACGCAAAGACCAUGAGCUGUCCUUCAGGCUAACGUCAAGAGCUGGGAGGUCGUUAAAAAAGAAAGGAGGAGAAUGAAAAUAAACAAAAUAGUCUGGAGCUUGCGGGAUGCUCGAGGUCACCUCUCUCCAGGAAGCAGGAAGCAGCUGGUGAAAAUGGCAGCCAACCGCCAGCAGCGGUGGAGGCCCUGGGGAAGAUUGGCGCAGCCACAGCCGGAAAAGGAGGAGGCGUCCGAAUGCGUGGGCCGGCAGCUGGGCGACCCGGGGAAGUUUGCCUACGCAGCCCUCUGCGCUGUCUCUUUGGCAUCAUUGUUUCCUGAGGAAGAGGAAAGGCCGUAUAGGACGGGUUUUGUGGAGAGCCUGGUGGAAUGGCUGCAGCUUUCAGACGCCGUCCUGCCUGCCAUGCUGGCGUUUGUUGGUGGUCUGGGGGGCGAAGGGACGGAGACCUUUGCACAGAUCCUCUUGAAGGAGCCGCUCAUGAAAGAUGACCCCAGCAUCAUUACACAGGAUCUUGUGUCCUUCUCUCUCAAGGACGGCGCCUACGACGCCCGGGCGAGGGUUCUCCUCUCCCACAUCGCCUGGCUGCUGCGGAUUCCCCCGGCAGAACUGGAAGCUUCGGAGGACCGUCUGCUUGAGUGCCUGAAAGAGGAGGAAGAGGAGGAGGAAUCUGAGACGGCAGCAGCUGCACGGAAGAAGAAAGAGAAAAACAGGAGGUUGAAGAGGUACCUGUUGAUUGGCUUGGCGACUGUUGGUGGGGGGACAGUAAUAGGUCUGACAGGGGGCCUGGCUGCCCCCCUGGUGGCAACGGGAGCGACGGCAAUCAUUGGCAGCGCUGGGGCCGCUGCCCUCGGCUCGGUGGCCGGGAUGGCUGUCAUGGGGUCGCUCUUUGGAGCUGCGGGAGCUGGACUCACAGGUUACAAGAUGAAGAAGCGCGUGGGGGCCAUUGAAGAGUUUGAGUUCCUGCCCUUAACGGAAGGGAGGCAGCUCCACCUCACCAUAGCCAUCACCGGCUGGCUCACGACCGGCAAAUAUGGAAGUUUCACGGCUCCCUGGAGCAGCCUGCUGCAGUCCAAAGAACAGUAUUGCUUAGCCUGGGAGAGCAAGUACCUGAUGGAGCUGGGCAACACCCUUGACUCUUUGCUGAAUGGAUUGGUCAACGUCGUGGCUCAGGAAGCAUUGAAAUUCACUGUCUUAUCAGGCAUCGUCACCGCUCUCGCAUUACCUGCCUCCCUGCUCACGGUGGCCAGCGUGAUUGAUAACCCCUGGGGAGUGUGUCUCCACCGCUCGUCUGAGGUCGGCAAACACCUGGCUCGAAUCCUGCUCAGCCGGCACCAGGGCAAGCGGCCGGUUACCUUGAUGGGUUUCAGUCUUGGCGCCCGGGUCAUCUACUUCUGCCUCCAGGAAAUGGCCAAGGAGGAAGACUGCAGAGGCAUCGUCGAAGAUGUGGUCCUCCUGGGGGCACCAGUGGAAGGGGAAGCCAAAUACUGGAAGCAAAUUGCCAAGGUCGUUUCGGGUAGGAUCAUCAACGGCUACUGCAGGGGAGACUGGCUGCUGAGAUAUGUCUACCGGACGUCCUCUGUUCAACUCAACGUCGCUGGACUUCAGCCAGUUAACCUGGACGACAGGAGAAUGGUGAAUGUGGAUCUCUCGUCGAUCGUGAGCGGCCAUCUGGACUACAUGAAGCAGAUGGACACGAUCUUGAAAGCUGUGGGUGUCAAAACAAAGCAGUGCCGCUUGGAAGAGGAGGGUAGCCUCGCCACUCUCUCCACUGAGCUUGAGGAGGAGGACCCGGGGCUGGUACCAUGUGACGCUCAGGAAGAGCAACGCAUCGUGGGAGAGGAAGGGCCUGACAGUACCAAUGAAGGCGACGUCAACGGUGAUGACCACUGGGUCUGGGAGCCGGUUUCCAGCCACAGUUUGGGCCCAAAUGACCCCCGACCGCCAGCAGAGGCGGUUUCUGGACAGGGAGAAAUCUCUAGUGCCGCAAGGGACCAGGACGCAGCUGGGCUAGAAGAGCCUCUUCCCACCAGCUCGUCACAUUCCCAAGAACUUUCCAGCUCCGCAAGCACCCCUCUGACUCUCAGAUAACAUCUGAGGUGACGCAGCAUGAUGGUUAUUGUAGUGUUUGCACUGAGUCUUCCCAUCAGCCCUUGCUGAAGUUUUCAAAGAACACCAAAGACUUGCCUUUGCAGGAGCAGGCCAAAGAUCGAUCUGCUAGGAUUCUCUGUUCCCCAGCAGUCGUCCGCCCCUGAGAACAUCAGCCGCAGAGCGUGAUGGAAGUAAGCUGUCCACAGUUGUUGUUUUCCAUGCUGUACGGUAACUGGGAUGGGUGGGUGAGUAGGUGCCCUGCCCCCCGAGGAUGGAAGCUUUCCACCUUUACUUUACAAUGGCAAACAGCUCUCAACUUCUCUGUGAAUUUCUACUCAUCCAUCCAGUGCCCAUCGCCGUGCCUUACAGUAACUCACAUUCCGUAACUCCACAUCUGUAUGAAGAAGCUUGUCCCUUUUGCCAAUCUAGAACUCUCCCGAGGGGACGGGCCGUUGCACAGUGACCGAGCAGGCUGACAUUAACAGCUGCUUGACAGUGGAACGGACUCCCUCCGGAGGUUGUGGACUCUCCUUCCUUGGAGGUUUUUAAGCAGAGGUUGGAUUACCAUCUCUCAUGGAUGCUUCAGUUGAGAUUCCUGCAUUGCAGCACCUUAGGGUCCCUUCCAACUCUAUUCUAUGACAUCUCCAGGUUAGUGGGGGGAAUGUCCCUUGCCUGAAACCAUGGAGAGCCACUGCUGGUCAGUGUUGAUAAUACUGACCUGGAUGGACAUAAUGAUAUAAGGCAGCUCCCUAGGUUCAUAGACCAUCCCCUUUAUGGACAAUAUUGAGGACUAGAACCUUGCAGUGUUUUUAGAGAAAGAGCUUUCGCUCAGUGGCAAAGCACCUGCAGAAAGUCCCAGGUUCAAUCUAGAACAGGGAUUGCACAGGAGACAUAGCAAGGUUCAUAUGAAAGGAGAAAAUAAAUAUACCUCUUUUAUUUAUAACUGCACAGGUUGAAAAGACAGGGGGUUGGGUGGGGAGAGGGACAAAAGUUGUGAUUUCUUCACCACCACCACCCCCGGACAUCCGCUCGCACAAACCACAUCUGUUUGUUUUUCCGUAUUAGCCUCCCUCACUAAGUUCUGUGCGAGUCCUCUAAGGAAACUCCCAAAACAUAUUCCCGAUGUGACGUGCCCCGUUUCCCUGCUUGAGGCGAAAUGGAAAGUGUCGCCCUGCCACCACCACCACCAAAACAUCCCUUACCUAGGUUGUGUGGCGGCGGCACAAAGCAGCAGAGACAGCAAUGGCGGGUUCCGGCGAGAUCGUGCCAUCUUGCUGGAAAUUGGCGUCAUUUCUCUGCCGUUUCUGGACUUGGUGGGGAGCACAGGCAGGGGUGCUGCCUUGGGGCUUCCGCUGCCCAGAGCGGCUGCUUCACCCUGCCUGUUGCAGGGGCUGGCCCUGCGUAUCCCAUCAGGCUUUGCAUGACCCUUCAAGCUGCGGGUAUCCUUGCUCAGGAAGACUGAGCAACCCCCCCCCCGAGGGGCACUGUUUGAAGGCACAGAAUUUAGCCAGCUUGUGGAGGAAGCUAAGCAGGUCGGGUUGGGGGUCUGAGAUAUACCAGGGUGGCAUGAUUUUACUGGGAAAUGCUCCCCCGCCGCCGCAUGUAAGAAAGGUUAAUAACAAAUAACGAAUUAACGUCUUGAAUCAUUUUACACUCUUGGAAGAAAAGGCUGUAUUGGAAUGAACCUGAGAUUAUAUCUCCAUGCAUCACAGGGUCUUGCACUCUAGCUAGAGUGUCAAUCAAAAGCCAGUUCUCCACACACCCGUACAUGAAAGAUCCAGUGGCCUUGUUUCAUUUCACGAGAAAGCUGUCAUCCAAAACAGGCCUCUCGCUGUUUUUAAAUCCUCUUUAUUGGGUGUUGUUGAAAGGGAUUCUGGGUCCCAUCGGCCCAAGAUAGGAGGAUGGCUGGUCCCUGUUCUGCUUUGUGAAUCACGAGAAACAGGUGGCCUACCGGGCAACGGAAAAUGACUGCAUCUGCUUCCUGCAUUCUUAAGUGGGCCCCCAGGCCCACGUGUGCAGAAGGCGAGAAUUUGUACACAGGUGCAAUCUGGAUCGGGAUCCAGUCUCUCCUGGGAAGCAGUGGGAGAUAAAGACAGGCUCACCGGUGCAGCCAGAAGCAAUCUCUCCUCAAGUCUUUCCACGCUGGUGCCAAAUUUGGCACAUAUACAAACUGUAGGUGAAUCUCUGUGGCUCCAUACAAAGGCAGCUUAAACCUUUUUACAGCAUACGAUAGAAAGUGCCAGAAGACAAGUAAGACCAAACAAAUCAAUUUGGGGAGAAAUAGAAUUCCUUGGAGGCCCUUUUACAGAAAUUAAGGCAGUCCCUUCUUAGCAGAAUCUAGGCGUUCCUUCUUUUAAAACACGGAACACACACCUCUCACUCUGCUGUUUCUGAAAAUUGAUAGAGAUAUGCAAACUGAAGGAGAUAUGGUUAGCAAACCACAUCAUGGGGAAGCAGGGCGGGGAGAGAGCGAGAGAGCAAGCAAGCAAGAAAGAAAAUUCAGAUUCCCUGCAAGGAACUCCCAAGCUAUAUCGCCUACGCAAGAACUGACACUGGUUUCUUGAGAGGGUGCAGACAUAGACUGGCCUCCCUCACACCUGGCUUUUAAAAUAAAUAAAUAAAAUCUAGUUGUUUUUCAAAUCAGAGUGAUGAACCCUGGGAUCAAUUUAUGUGUCAGGAGUAUAUAUGUUGUUCUGCCAAGAAAGAUUUCCAGUUCACGUACACAACGAUAUAAAUCCUUGAGCAGGGACUGUCAAUUCAUUUUGUCUCAGUUUUCCCAUCUGACGUUUGAUUCGCUCCAUUUCUGCAUAUGUUGGUGGGGUUUGUUUUUUUUUAAGUCUGCAUGAAGAUUAGUACAUAUUUUUUCCUAUAAAAAUUGCAUGUGUCCUAUAGAAAAGGUUUUGAAUGCAGUUUUUCCUAAUGGGUGCUUCUUUGCAACCAGCCUCCCCUAACGGAAUACCUUUCCUGUAUGCUUUAGCUAAACAUAACACAGUUGUUUUUUUUCAUGCGCUUCACGCUAAUACCUACACACUCAUGCGCCCGAUCUUUGGUUGGAGAGAAACUACGCUUCAAAAAUCCGGAGAGAGGCAAGUUUGGAAAGAGCACUGCAUUUCAGUUUGCACACUCUGGUAGGUCUGCAUGAAAAUAACGGCCGAAAGAGAAGCACACACA